GGUUGUGUUGUCUCUAUGCACACCCUUAUCUGUUUGCUGUGUGCAUUCCUCUUUAGGCAGAGAGCUCCUCCAUCAGGAGCACCCACAGGGCAGCAUCCAUGCCUAGACAUCUGCUUCAUCUGCCCCUGCCCGGACCUGCCGAUCUGUGGUGGCUGUGCAAUCACUUCCUGCAACAAUUAAGCCCCACUGACAGUCAUUAUAACACAUUAAUAGUCCCUAUGCAAAGUUUGACUGUGCGCAUAGACAAGGUUGGCCAACAUCAGGUGUCUCCCCCUUGAAGAGUCCAAUCUCUAUUUUACAAUCUGAUCGAAUGGCUUAUCAUAUUUUCGGCUCAUAUAUUUCAUGUUAAUCAAAGUGUGAGAGAUCAUCCAUCAGCGGUUGGGAUUAUAGAUUAUAUUCCUCUCAUUCACAGGAGAUCAGAAACAUCCACAAUGAAGAGCUGAUGGGUAUUCGGAGGGAGGAGGAAAUGGAGAUGUCGGAUGAUGACAUGGAGGAUGCCCCGGAAAGUAAGGAUUCGGAUGAUUCAGGGCCGCUGGCUCAGGUGGAGGCUCUGAAAGAAGAGAACGACAGUCUGCGGUGUCAGCUGGACGCCUACAGGAAUGAGGUGGAGCUUCUGAAACAGGAGCAGGGUAAAGCGCAGCCCCAGCGCAGCGAGGAGGACACCACCCGCCAGCAGCAGCUCAGCUUCCUGCAGCAGGCUCUGCAGGGCAUGCAGAAGCAACUGCUCAAGCUUCGUGAGGAUCUGAAACAGAGAGAGACGGAGCUGGAGAAGAACUCGGAGGAAAAACAACAGCUGGAAAGCCAGAUCCAGAGUCUGAAAGAUCGGAUUCAAGCUUUCCCCACAUCACACGCUCUGCCCCUGGAGACGGCCGAGCGUGAGGACCGAGGAGGCGAUGAAAGCACCAAUCACUCCAGCGAGGCGACGUCGGCCGUGGUGUCCUGCAGCCAGGAGAAGGAGAACCUGCCGGAGAAAGGGCUUCCCAGUCCGGUGAAAUCAGAGCGAGAGGCUCUGCUCGUGGGAAUCAUCUCAACGUUUCUUCACGUCCAUCCUUUUGGAGCCAGCAUUGAAUAUAUCUGCUCCUAUUUACAGCGGCUGGACACCAAGAUCAGCACCACAGAGGUGGAGACUCUUCUGCGUCGGCUGCCCUGCACGUUCAAGCAGGAGUUGACGGGCGUCGGGGCGAGUCUGGAGAAACGCUGGAAGUUCUGUGGGUUUGAGGGCAUUAAGACGGUGUAGAGACACGGGACGGGGUUGCAACCAGAAAAACAAAAACGGCCGAUGGACUGGACGGGUUUCAACCAAUCACCUGCCAGCUCUCUGCGUCCAUCCGCCGCCCCACGAGUUUCUAAUCUCACAAACACUCUCGAGCUGGAGAUCCUCAAGACUUUGGUGUGUGUGUGUGUGUGUAGUAUGAUUUAGUAUGUGUGUGUGUGUGUGUGUGUGUGCGCCACGUGAACGGACCGUACGCUUGUUCCACACUCAUCGGGGAUAAAAUCAGGGUUUCGCUGAACCGAGGACUCGAACUGUCAGCAUACAUUUUCUUGUUCCACCUCUGAUUUGUAAAAUAGAUUUUAAAAAAUAUAUAUAUACAUAACACGAAUAUAUUUCUUUCCUCUUCUGUAAAGGCUGCAGAAAACAGUUGCAUAGAAUCUUUUGUUCACAUAUCCUGUAAAUGUUUGAAUAACUUGCUAUUUUUAAAUAAAAAACGAACAGGAAAAACUGCAA